AUGCCUUUCGGAUUAGUCUCUGCCUGGAACAAACAUAGAAGAAGCAAGUCCGAAGAACAGAUCAAUCCUUGGACAUACAAGCCUGUGGAACACUGGCAGAUAGAAUACAAACAACCACCGGCAAAAAGGCGGAAUGCAUCAGCAGUGUUUACACUCAAAGAGAUGGAUGAGGCUACGUGUUCUUUUAGUGACGAAAAUCUGCUCGGAAAAGGAGGAUUUGGUCGAGUAUAUAAAGGCACUCUAAAGUCUGGUGAGGUUGUGGCGAUCAAGAAAAUGGAGCUACCACCAUUCAGGAAAGCAGAAGGGGAGAGAGAGUUUCGCGUGGAGGUCGAUAUUUUGAGCAGAUUAGAUCAUCUGAAUCUCGUAAACUUAAUUGGAUAUUGUGCAGAUGGGAAGCACAGAUUUCUGGUAUACGAGUAUCUGCACAAAGGGAACCUGCAAGAUCACUUGAACGGAAUUCGAGAAGUAAAGAUGGAUUGGCCUUUGAGGCUCAAAGUAGCUAUUGGGGCAGCAAGGGGACUUGCGUACCUCCACUCGGGUUCUGAUGUUGGGAUUCCUAUUGUUCAUAGAGACUUCAAAUCCACCAAUAUACUUCUUGAUGAAAACUAUGAAGCAAAGAUAUCAGAUUUCGGGCUAGCGAAGUUAAUGCCAGAAGGCCAGGAGACUUGCAUGACGGCUACUGUACUUGGAACUUUUGGCUAUUUUGAUCCUGAAUAUACAUUGACAGGAAAACUCACUCUCCAAAGUGACGUCUAUGCAUUUGGAGUUGUUCUACUCGAGCUUUUGACAGGAAAACAAGCAGUCGACCUGAACCAAGGACCAAACGAUCAAAACUUAGUAGUCCAGGUCAGGAAUAUACUCAAUGACAAGAAGAAACUGAAAAGGGUGAUUGAUCCUGAAAUAGGACGGGGCUCAUAUACAAUGGAGUCGAUAGCCAUGUUUGCAAACCUAGCUUCACGAUGUGUACGAGUUGACAGUCAAGAGAGGCCUUCCAUGAUGGAAUGCGUGAAAGAACUUCAGAUAAUAAUGUACAUCAAUUCUAAAGGACUGGGAAUGACAAUGCAUGCACUCAGGAUGAUGUGA